UUUAGAUUACAUUUUUAAAGUUUAUAAACGAAAAGCGGCAAUAAUGUUUUGACAUAAAAGCAACUGCGCGACCGUUUUGAAUUGAGGGAAGCAGAAAUGGCAACAUCAGAAGUAUCACAUUCAACAACGAAUGACACAUCCUCGUCAAUUGGAGCGAGCACAGCUUUUCCAAGUUCGGUUUUAAGAGCAUUGAACAAUUCAAAUGCAACACCUUUUAAGGGGAAAAAGUCAGCAUCUGCGAGAUGUCGAACUUUGUCAGAAAACUCAGGUAUCCAUUUCGCAUAGUAUGCAAACAUGCCCAAUGCACCCCUGAGGGAAGCUGCAACUGACAGAGGUGGAAACUCCAGUAAUGGAAGCUAUCUCUCUGGGUCAGAUUUAGUGCAUUUAUGACUUAUUUGAUAACCCAGAAUAUUGAUCGAUGUUGCACACUUUUUAGUUUUUGUUUCAUUGAGAGUGAUGUUUCUUCUUUUAAUCAUUUCUCUGAAAACUUUAUCAUUUCGUUCAAGAUGAUACAGGUAGGGUAAUGUGUCAUCUAGGUUCUCCUCUUCAACAAGAUUUGGAACACCAUUAGUCACACUGAAACUGAAAGGCAUGCAAACAAAUUCAAAUAAAUCUCCAAGACCUUCGAAUGCGGCAUAUUGCCUCUCAUGUUUUUGAGGUCGUAAAAAGAAAAGAAUUUAUACUUAGAGAGUUUGUUGACCAUUUCGUCAAUCCGAGGAAGUGGAUAUGCAUCAAGAUUUGUAAACAAGAUAGUUUGUGAAUAAUCCACACACAAUCUUUUUCGGUGUCUAUUGAAUUCAUCCUUUGCAACAAGAAGCUGGGCCAUGCAAGGGGAGUCACUCUUUUUAAUCACGCCAGCUUUCAGAAGGGAGUCAAGUUCUUUUCUGAUAAAUUCUCGAUUAUCUUUGUUGAAAGAUCUUGAUUUUGUUGCAAUCGGUUUAAUAUCAUCUGGCAAAUUUUUAAAAAGUGAUGGUGGUGAAACAUUUGCAAACCUUUGCAUUGUAGCUAACUCUAGCGAUUCAACAGGUUGUUGCAUUGCAAUUGCUUUUGGCUGUAUAGAUUCUUCAUUCAAGCUGGAAUUAGAUUGUGGCGAUACUUCAGGUUGGUCAGAUAGUGCACUUAUGUUAGAAGUUAUUGGCGGUGUGAUAAUGAGGUCUGGCUGGACUCCUCCAAAUUGGAAUGUUAAGUUCUUAUGCUGUUUUUGGAAAUCAUGACCAAAAAUAGUAUCACUGCAAAGAUUGGGAAGAAUAUCCACUUUUACAUUCUCAUAUACUAAAUCAUUUAAAGAGAAAGUAGACAGCUUUCUUUAACAGUGGAUUCCAUCGAUGUUAACGCUAAGGAAACCUUCUUGUCCGAGGGACUGUCACUGAUAAAACUGCAAGAGUCAAUAAGAGCAUUCAUAGCGAGUCCAUUAAUGGUAACCAGCACAAAGGCAUAACAAAGGUUUGAGAGACAGGCAGCAGUUACAGCACAUAGUGUUGGUGAAUACAAAGCAGGAAGGUUAGAAUUUUUCUUGUCAGAUUGACACACCAAUUCCACUUCUGUGAAUUUACAGGCUUGGGCCAACUAGCGAAUGUUUAAAUUAAAGUUUAUGUCAACAACGAGCAAACAAGUGCCUUUUUGGCACUUGUUUUUAUGUUUAUCAAUUCACCUUUAUAAUAUCUAUGCAUUAACCAAGUUUGAAUUCAUAUCCCUUAACAGGUUUAAAAUUACUUAUGUCAGAAAAUGUCAAAAUUUGCUAUUAAAAAUGACAUCAUAAUAUAUGCAACAAAACAAUUAAAUCUGAAAUUCUUUAAAUGUAAAAUCUUAAAAAAAAAUUUAAAAAGACUACUUUUUGAGCUCUAUAAUAGUCCAACAUCAUUUUACACCCUUUAAUGAUUAAUUGUGGGAGACACUCUUUCAUCAAAAUUGGGAAAUCAUUGCUUACAAAACAAAAACGAAGUAGGACAAUUUAAAACAUUUUUUUUUUCAUUCUCAUUUACGAAAAUGACAUCUGAUGUAAGUUGCAUUGUUUCUGAUUGGAAUGUUAAUUGUGCAUUGCAUGCUUUUUUUUUUCAAGCAUAGACAUCAGUUUUUUUUCUUGAUUCAACAUCGUUUUUUUUUUAAUCCAACAUCUGUCCUCUUGGACAUCUAGUAAUCAGCACUGAGCACCUGCAACUAUUAACCUAUAAUUAUUUUAUUAAGACUAUCGAUUCAUGAAAUAAAUAUCUAAAAAAUUGCAAAAAAAAUUUAAUUCAUAAAAUAUCAAAAAAGGCAAAUCAGGACAUAGUGAACACAAGGAAGAUGCUAGAAAUACAUGUAAGUGGAUAAAUAACAAAAUGAAAUCAGAAGGAGUUAAAGUAAGGGAGAAGGGACAAAAGGGAAAAGGUGGAAAAGCCACAAAAGCCACAGUAGCUCUUGUAUGGUAAUGAAAGACCAUACAAAUAAAAAAGCAAAGGAUCUUGAUUUAGAGGUUGUAUUAUGACUGCAGAUGGAGAAAUGAUAACAAGAUAAGAUUUCAAUACUUGUGACAUUUUCAACCUAACCUCAUUCUUAAGUUGUUCUUAUUUUUCACUCAUUGGCAAUCAAGUUCCAAUUAAACUCUAUAAUUUAAAACAUUUUUGACUUUUAAGUAUUUGUUGUUUUUUUGUUUGUUAGUUUCUUUGUUUAUUAGCAAAGUAUAUAGUAUGGUUAUGUGAAAUCAAAUUAUAGAUUUAGUUAACUUAACCCUAUAUUAAAAAUAUCUUGCCAAGCUUGGUGACGUCUUUGAUGUGGUUUUUUAGGGGACCAUUAUCACUCAAAGUAACACGAUCAUUAGAUCACCAAUUUCAGAUAAUGUUAUAAAAUUAAUAACCUCAGGGAGUUUUCUUUUUGUUAAAAUCAAUUUAAGUUUUAUAUAUGUGUUUAGAUGUAUUUUCAAUUGUAGAUUGUGUCUCGGCUUGUUUGUAUUAAUAAUCUUUUAUUAUCAAUUUCAAGAGUUACCUUGCAUUUAUAAUAAACACACUGUCCUCAUCAGAAGGCAUCUCUGUCUACGAUAAAACCUUAUUAAGUAAUAAUCUUUUUCCCAGAAAAUUUAAUCUAGCUUUUGUUUACAUGUAAUACUUAUGCCCUCAUGGUUCUUAGUUCUAUGUGCUUUAAUGAAAUAUCUUUGUUUAAAGUUGUUUUUCUUUACAUAGAGAGUAUACAAUCUAUAGAUACAGAUUGUAAAAGAUGGCACCAAAAAAUAUCAUUAAACUUUGUGAGUUCUGGUUGAAGUUAUGUUUAUAUAUUGAAAACUUUAUUAAACCAGCGUUGUUGAAUGUAUUGCACAAUGUGAACAACCGUGGGUCAUACCAAGGUUUACCGUCUGAUCCAAACAGAUUAUAUAACGACUUGCGAAACCAUCUCGCCAAAUUAACCAAGUUAAAAGAUAAAAAGAUUAUAAAAAGCGAUCAAUGGUUGCUUUUAUUUCCUGUUAAUCAGCAAACUGACUCUUCAAAAUUUGAUACAACAUUAAUUGUAUUGUUGAUUAAGAAUUGUACAACUUUUCCUUCUCCAAGUGAAGGUUGGAAACAAAAACUUCCAGCAGCAACUGACACGACAAUUGGUGCUUUUAUUUUACGUGCAAGUGAAUUUAGAAACUUCAUUAUUCAUUAUGCCAAUCCGGAUACUUUAGAAGAGUCAGAAUUUAAUAAGAUCUGGUCGCAGGGUGAAAAGAUUUUAAAUGGACUUGGAUAUACUGAAGAUACAUGUGGAUUAAAGGAUAAUUCACUUGAUCCAACAAGGGUAGAUUAUUUUCGAGUGUUUCUGAAUCAUCUACAAUGUUGUCAAAAACAAUUGCAACGCAUAGUCGAUGAAAAUACAACUGAUAUCUCCAAUUUUCAAGGUUUAGCAAGAGAAGUAAUUGAAAUUAAAGAGAAUACAUCCAGCAUUAAAGAUUGUAUAUCUAAUCUUAAAGAAGAUGUAAAUAAGGGUAAAAAAGAGCUGAAAGUCGAAAUUGCCGACAAAAUAAACAAUAUGCUUGCAAGAAUUCAUCAUUUAAAUGAAACAUAUGAAAAAGAAAUUGCAGAAUUAAAUAACCAAGUCGUAUAUUUGGAAAGGGGAAUUAAAGCGAACACAAAUAUCUUAGAUGAUCAUGAAGAAAGAUUAAGCAAACUUGAAAAAGAAGGCUGCCAUAGUUCUUUCUCGGAAAAAGUUGCUACAGACGUACCAAGUUAUACGCUUUUCAAAAAUCACCAAAGUAAUCUCGUCGUAAAGUUUGAUGAAAACUUCUUUAUACAGCAUAUACACGCCACUAUUACUAACAACUCUCUGAAAUACUCAAAACAGCUGGACAUAGAUACCGAUUAUGUUGUGGAAAGAAAGAAUGGAAAGUUACUUCUGAUGAUUUUCACCAGCAAUGUAUUUCAUAUGGGUGACUUGUCAAUCACUUUAAAGGACAAUAAAAACAAAUUAGCGUGCGUUUUGAUUAAAGAUAUUGAACCAGCAACUAUACAUGAAUGUGUAGCAACCAAACAUGUGAAUGUUUUAACACACAACAGUAGUGUAAUAUCUAAACAUAUAAAGUCUAUUUUAAAGAAGGAAACAAAAGAAGCAGAUGUUGAAUUUAUAUGUGGUGGAAGCCUUCAAAGAAUGUCAGCCAAAGAAUACGAAGAGUACGAAAAGGAUUACUCUUGUCGUUAUUUCACCAUCAAUGGCAAGUGCAUGGAGGAACCACUUCAAUUUCCACCUCCAAUCUGUAAUCAAACCUCUUCUGUAUUCGCACAGAACAUAAAAAAUGUUAUAUUAAAGUUAAAAUACCAGUUGUUUACAAUAUUUACACAUUAUGAUACCAAGGAUCAUAUCCAAUUUUUGAAACUGAAUGAAGAAUUUUCCUUAAACAACACUGUGUCUAAUGAUAACCGAAUACUACUAGUGUUUUUCAAUACAAUCAUAAACAUUAGAUACACUGAUGCAACCAAUGCAAUUGAUAUACAAGAUGAGUUUAAAGCAGGCGAGACAGACCUUAAGGAAUUAUCCAUCAUCAAUAGAAAAUGUUUUAAACAUGGUAAUUGGACAGUUAUUAAUGUUGUAGCUGCACCUAAUUUUGAAAUCACCCAAGAUGCUGAAGUAUGUAUUAACUGCAACUUACUCUGUAAGAAAACAUUGUCUAAGGAGAGAAUUAUUCGGGAUUUUUUUUCAAAUAUUUUAAAGAAAGAACAAAAGAAAAACAACUAUGAUAAUUCCAAAGAACAAUAUAUAACCACAGUCAGCAAAAUCAUGUGUUUUAUGGCCACACGUAAAGCACUUUAUUCUGUCCCUUCACUUAGUGAUAAUAUUCACGACCAAGUAAGUUCAUUAAUACUAACUAUACAGCAGCUGCGAAUUUUGUAUAGCAGUUAUAGGAAAAAAAUUAUAACAGGUCCGUUAGGUAGUGGCAAAACAGUUUUAGCUCUGUCACACAUGGAACUGGCUUAUGAACAUUCUGAAAAUAAUUCGGCUAUUUAUUAUGUAGUAUGGGAUGACAAAACAUUGUUAAAACAAGAUGUUAUUAAUCAUGCUAAAAGAUUCAAAUGCAAGAAAAAUGUAGAAGUCAUUGUUACAGAUAUUGUCGAGUUGGCAAAGAAUUUAAAAAUGCAAAAGGUUCCAACACCUUCUCAGCUAUUUAAGUCGUUAGUUAAGAAACACGGUGACAAAAAGUUGCAUUUUAUCAUUGACGAAUUUAAUGGUGAGAUGCUUGGAAUUGAAGAAGCCUUAUCGCUAAAGCAAUACUUCAAAAUGGAAGCUAGGUUGGCAGACUCUUACAUCGUUUUCUUACCACAAUCCAUUGAAAAGCAUAGAUCCUUUGUUUCACAUGAAACAAUCACAAAACAUGAAAAGUAUAAAUAUGAGGAAACAGGACUAGAGUUUUUCAAGCUUGACAGAGCAAUGAGAACAUCUGCAUCAAUCUUUCAAUUUUUAAAAGCUUUCGAAAUAAAAGCAAGUGAAAAAAAUACAGUAAUUAAACUUCCUGUGCAAGAAGCGUCCCAAAAGAAUAAUACACCUGUAGUUUGGCAAAAAGAAACAUCACCUUUAAAGCAAGAAGACCAAGAACAACUGCCAAUACGCCAAGACCUGUCACAAGACGUUACCAAUGGGAACAGAUUGUUGGACAAAGGUGUAAACAAUAAUUUUGAGGAUCCAAUUGAUAUUGAUCGUGUUGCAGCAACAAUCCAAGAUGAACAUCUUUCAGAAGAUGUAAGAACAGAGAUAAAUUUUCAAUUUAACUCCGCAGCUUUCAUUGGUCAUAAUAUCAAAGGUACCAAACCAUUGCUGAUACAUCCGGAAUCAAAUGAACUGAAAGAAGAAGAACUCAUUGCAAUGAUCACUUUAGUUCUGCAACACCUUUCAUUGCAUUACAAUACUAAGCGUUUGUUUAUUUAUAAUACAUUUCAUCAAAUGACUAUAUUUUACAGAUUGCUGACGCUAUUGGAUUUAGAUUUCUUUCAAUACGAUGAGUACACUGACUGGAAAAUUUUCAAAGAAAAUGAAGAAAUCUCCAAUCUUUUGCAAUAUUCAAGCUACAACAUACUCACUACACCUGAGGGUUGUCGUGGCGUGGAAGCAAGUGAAUCCAUCUGCCUCAUUGAAAAUAACGACCGCACAUUGAAACAUUUAACAUUGGAAUCGAUGUCUAGAGCUACACAAAACCUAAUCAUUGUUUCAACGUCUAACAUUAACCAAUCUAAGUUAGAUUUUUCAACUGGUCACAUUAUCAAAGAACUUUUGCCUGUAUAUUUAAUUGAAAAUCUUGUAACACAUUCCAAGGAUCUAAACACAGACAGACCAUACACAUACUCUAAUGAAAACAAUAUCAAUAAAGUAGUUUUUAACAUAAAUACACAAUCAUGGCAGUUUAAGGAGCUGAUGAAGAAUAUUAAACAUAUUAAUCAUCCACAAGCAGCACCUGUAAUUACAAAUGUGCGAAAAAUUAUAUUUAAAAAUCUUCAUCUUCCUGGAAAGGUUGACAACGUAGCCUGCUCAUAUUUGUCAGAUAAAUCAUGUGAGUUAAGUUGGCAACAUAAUGCUGAUAAAUAUACAGUUAAAAAGAGAAGCAACAAUGUUUCAGAUUGGAAAGUUUUAGCAAGUGGUAUUACGUCUAACUUUUGGAUAGUGAAUGACAUCAGUAUUGGAGAAAAUUGCACAUUUUCAGUGGUUGCAAGAAACAGAGUUGGACAAUCUGACGACAGUAUCUUCUCGUAUCAUCAUAAGACGCCUGCAAAAGUUGAAGAUGUCACAUAUACAUUUGAUGAUAUCGUGAAAAUUAUUAAAUCUAACGAUAUCAACAAAUUGAAAAAAUUACUAUCCAUUCAUCCAAACAUCGUUCACAUGAGAGAUGAAUAUGAACGCACACCAUUGAUGUGGACAGUACAUUUCACCAACAAUACAUCAAUGGUGGAAAUACUCAUCUCAUAUGGGAGUGAUGUUUGGGCGGAAGAUGAUGAGAAACAAAACAGUUAUCAUUACGCUGCAAUUGUUGGUCGUCACACAAUAUUAGAUAUGUUAUGUCGCCAUGAUGUAACAAACAUCAACCGUGGAGAUGAUGACAACAACACACCAUUACAUUGGGCUGCAAUUAAUGGUUACAUCUCAUGUGUUGAUGUUUUGUUACGUUAUGAAAAUAUUGAUGUGACGAUCGAAGAUGAAUAUGGAUAUACAGCUUAUGAUCUUGCUGGAAGAUUGAAGAAUGAACAAAACCAGGAAAUAAUAAGACGAAAAAUAAAAGAAUACGAAGCUCGCAAAAAGUAAAUAUCUAACGAAUGGAAUUUGUUUCGACUUGAAAAAUGACAAUCAAUUUCGCAUAAGACACGAAAAGAAUUUGUGUUACAUCACGUUCUGUUAUUUUUUGUAAUAUAUUUCUUUUUUUUUUAAUGUGCGUAAUUUUUUAUAUAAUUCCAGGAAAUAAUUAACGAUCACGAAAAUAACGCGAAUUUGUAUUGCAAUUGCUGGAAAAAAGUUGAUUCUUUAACUUUAAUAACAAGUUUUUAAUGAACUGUUAAACGUCCUGGAUAUAAACAAAUUUUCAGAAUUAGCGUCGUUUAUUCUUUGGAAUAGAGUAUAUGAAUAUAGAUUGUAAAAAUUAAUUCGAUUACAUAUCACAUGAAAAUUAGCUCGGUGAAACGGAUCUUAUCUUUAUUAACAACUAGGAUCUCACUUUGUCAAACAAGGACCCGGUAAAUCGGGCUGAAAAAAUUCCAUGUGAUAUAAGCUCCAGCCCAUCAAACCGGACUGACUUUCUAUUUUUGUGCAUGAUAGGAUUAUUUCAAUUAGAGAAAUCACAUGUUUUCUGUACGUUAAUAACAUAAAUAUUAGAGAACUAACUUUUGUCAACAUAUAUGUUUUAUUAUAUAAACUUUUUAAUGAAAAUAAUAGUUUUAUACACUAAGAAUAAUAAAUAUAUAUACAAAACUUAUAUUGAAAAGUACACCUGAUCCAGCCUUUUUCGUGGAACUAAUGUUUAGCCCGAGCUAACCGGACUCAUGUGAUAAGGUCCUUUGUGUACGUACGUCUGAUAAUCGCGUAAAAUUUAAGUUAUAUACUUUUAAAUUUUUAACAUGCAUAUAUGAAAAAUUAAUUUAUAGCUAACGCUCGACUAUUUAUUUGUAUUUAUUUCUAUUGAGCACGGUUUUAAUACCGUUUCUUUACAAUAUCUUUUUUUAUAUUUUAUAAUUUCUUAUUUACAAUGUACAUAAUUUUAUAUAUGUAUAAAAAUAUUUUUAACAAUUUUUAUUCGAUUAAUUUACGUCAUGUUCGAUUA